AUGGAAGUACCAAAAAGUUACUUACCAGUGAAGAAGCUGAAUCCACUGGUAAUGCUACGAUUGGCAAAAAUCAACAGUCAGAAAGUGUUCGAAAAUCCCGAGAAAACUGUGAAUUUCGGGAAAGCUGCUUGUCUUCCUCUGAACAGAAACUUCUCUAAUUUCGGGUCUGGUUUUAGGGUUUAUGGAGGGAGAGCUUGGGGUGGAUUUGGCGAGCGGGAGAGGGAGGGCAUGCAUUUGCCCCCGUUAUUCGACAAAAUUACGAGAAUUGACCUUACUUUGACUUGGGCAUUGAAAUUGCUGCGUAAAUGUUUGGUGUGA